GACUUCCGACUCGGAAAAAAAAAAAAAAAAAGAAGAAGAAGACGUCACCUCAACUCGGAAAUCCUACUCGGGAAAUCGGGACGGUCACCUCACCCCCGAGUUCAGCAAGUGACAUCAAAUCAACAUGGCAGCUCACAGCAUGAGCAGUAAACACAGCAGCACUUCUGACCUUAAAUCUGUUUUAGACGCCAGAGAGGAUGGCGCAUGCGCUCUGGAGGGAGGCGAGAGGAUGCUGGUCGCUAUGGAAACGGGAUGCCGGCACGCUGCGGGGAUGUCGCACAGAGGCGGGGAAGGACAGGGAAAAGAAAAGAAAAAAACCAACAGGCUUGAGAGUGGCGCACUGACGACGCCGGCAUCCCACUAACCCACAUUCCCCUGCAGUCCGAGGGCGCGGAGCUGGGAGAAGGACGUGCUGCUUUCUUUAACCCGUUAAGGGCUGCUACACCCGCAACACACAGCAAUGGUAACGACUGGCGUGUAUUUGUGCUCGUUUGUUAAGCGCCUGCUUUAGACUGAGCCAGGUGACUGAAUAGCCGCGUACUGUAACGCGUAAGGAGUGAGGUGUGGUUCCUCCCUGGGACACCGUGUGAUCCCUGGGUAUGGCAGCCUUAAGCGAAGAAAAACCGGUGUAGAUUUGAUUUGCUCUUAUAGCACUAAUCUAACGUGUCGGCCAUGCUGUACGCGUCCACCGGGAUGUUAGAGCUCCGGUAACGGGGGGGAUUCACUUCCAUCAUGGCGCCCAAAUACCAGGUGAAGUCUAACAUGAAGAGCAUGGAGCGGGAACUCCAGUGUCCAGUGUGUAAGGACAUCGUGAAGCAGCCGGUGGUGCUUCCUUGCCAGCACAGCGUGUGUUUGCUGUGUGCGUCUGAGGUGCUGGUGCAGAGCGGCUAUCCUCAGCCCGAGCUGCCCCCGGAGCCCCACUCUCCCGCUUCCACACCACACACACGCUCGCCGCGCCAGGCCCACCGGUCUGUAGAUCGCCCAUUGCGUCCUGGUUUUGGGACAUAUCCAGGGCGCAGGCGCAAGGAGGCCUCGACCCAGAUCAUGCUCUUCCCUUGUGUGCCCUGUGGUCGAGAUGUGGAACUGGGUGAGAGAGGACUGGUGGACUGUAUGAGGAACCUCACACUGGAGCGCAUAGUGGAAAGGUACAGGCACACAGUAAGUCUGGGCAGCGUGGCAGUGAUGUGUCAGUUCUGUAAGUCUCCUCAGACUAUGGAGGCCACUAAAGGCUGUGCUGACUGCAGGGCGAGUUUCUGUAACGAGUGCUUUAAGCUCUACCACCCGUGGGGUACUCCGCGCGCCCAGCACGAGCAUGUACAACCCACACUCAACUUCAGACCCAAGGUGUUGACAUGCACAGAGCAUGAUCAGGAAAAGUUACAGUUCUACUGUAAAACGUGCCAAAGGCUCCUCUGCUCCCUCUGUAAGCUGCGUCGGGCUCAUGCAGGUCACAAAAUUGUGCCUGUUAGCCAGGCAUACCAGGCACUCAAGGAAAAAAUCAGCAAGGAGCUAAACUACAUCCUCUCCAAUCAGGCUACAGUCCUGACUCAAAUCACACAGCUGGAGAAUGCCAUCACCCAGACUGAGGUGAACAGUGUAGCAGCCCGUGAACAGCUCUCUCAGUGUGUGAGGGAGUUGACAGCUCUACUCUCAGAGCGGCAGGUCAUCCUGGCUCAGGCCCUGGAAAACUCACGCCAGAGGCGGAGCGAUGCUUUAGCCAGUCAGGUAGCAGAGAGGCGCAGCUUGUUGGAACAUGCUGGCCUGAUGGCAUUUACCCAGGAGCUGCUGAAAGAGACAGAUUCAGCCUGCUUUGUACAUGCAGCCAGGCAAACAUAUAACAGGCUGGCCCAGUCUAUUGAGUCCCUGCAGAGUUUCUCUCUCUCUGCUGAUCCCUCAUUCAGACACUUUCAACUGGACGUCUCCAGAGAGCUUAAACUUCUCACUGACCUAAACUUUAUUCAAGCCCCUUUAGCCCCUGUGAUUGACACCCAGCGCACUCUGGCCUACGAUCAGCUCUUCCUGUGCUGGCGACUGCCGCAGGAGUCCUCCCCCGCCUGGCACUAUUCUGUGGAGUAUCGUCGCCGGGGCGUGGUGCCAGGGGGCGGGACGAGAGCUGGCCUCCGCGGGGGGUUGGCUGGAGCCCGCUGGGGCUGGCAGCGAUUAGACGAGGUGAGCGGGACCAGUGCUGUGAUCAACAGGCUGGAGAUGGACAGCGUGUACGUUCUCAGAGUGAGGGGCUGCAAUAAAGCUGGUUUUGGAGAGUACAGCGAAGAAGUGUACUUACACACUCCACCAGCUCCAGUACUGAAUUUCUAUUUGGAUUCACGUUGGGGUCUACAUGCUGAUAGACUAGUGGUGAGUAAAGAGCAGCGCUGUGCCCGCAGCGUGCCAGGCCUCUCUCUUCUGCAGGCAGCUGACCGAGCCCUAACUUCCUGUCACCUGACCGCUGACCUGCUGGUGGGUGAUGUGGCCGUCACACAGGGCCGCCACUAUUGGGCAUGCUCAGUGGAGCCUGGCUCUUACUUAGUUAAGGUCGGUGUUGGUCUGGAGUCAAAGCUUCAGGAAUGGUUCCAUCUGCCACAAGACAUGGCCAGCCCACGGUAUGACCCUGACAGUGGCCAUGACAGUGGGGCAGAAGAUUCUUCAGACUCUCUGCCCCCUUUCACCUUCCUCACAAUGGGCAUGGGUAAGAUCUACCUGCCCGCCUCUGCCAGUGCCCACCAAGGAACAGUCAAUCACAGGGACAUCUCUAACGGCAACAGCCCCUCCUCGCCGACCGGUGUCACUUACCCUCUUCCUCCUAGGCUGGGCGUGUGUCUGGACUUCGAGAAGAGCCGUGUCACCUUUUAUGAUGCUCAUUCUCUGCGCCCGCUCUGGGAGGGUCCAGUCGACUGUUCUGCUCCCGUCUGUCCCGCGUUCUGCUUUAUUGGAGGAGGGGCUUUGCAGCUGCAGGAGCUGGUGGCGAAUCGCAACGCAGAUCAAACACCUGUCAGAAGAGUCACCAUCCAAUCCCGUGUCACUAAACUGAGCUGAGGUAGUUAUCUCAGUGACCUCUCAGUAACACCAGGCUAUCGUACUAAAUUUGGUUUUAUAUUUCAUACCUAAAAAUAAAUCAUUUUUAAUUGCACUGAAUAUGCACUUCCGAUCAACUUUAUGAUUAUUAUUAUUAUUUAUUUAUUUAUCUAUUUGCUUGUUUUACACUAUUUUUGAUAGGGCUUUAUUGCUUUACACUGCUUGUGAAUUAAUGUAAAAAAAAAAAAUCAUGAAAUGAAUCUUGUGGCCUAUAACUUCUAUAUCUAUAUCUAUAUGUAACUAUAGCUGUAAAUAGAAUUUCCUGCCUCUACUAUCUAGUUGUACACCUCAAGGUUUUUGAUAAUAACUCACUGGUGUAAUCUGAAGUGGUUUCUACCUUUAAUCUUGUUACAAAACUCACAUAAUGUGACCUGAGUGAAAUCUAUCCAUCAUUCCAGUGACUCUAUGAGCCAGAGUCAGUUCUGCUCUCUUCAUGUGUAAUUCCAUUACGAGCUGAUGUGUGGUACUGGCUGGAGAAUUGGCAGUUACUAGUUCAUGUGUAUUUAAUAUCAGAAUGUACAGAUUACACACUGCUAAUAUACUAGGUGAGACAGUUAGGUACAGAGAAGAAGAAUAUGGGCUGUAAAUAUUAACUGGCUACAUAAAACUGUGUUACUGUCGCAGUUCAUUGAGAUGCGCUAUCUUACUUUAAUUUGCUGUGUAGAAAGAUCUUCAUUUCUUUUCUGUGACAAGAAUGAAGUAGUAACAUUCUGGUUACAGAGUUAAUGCUGAACCUUAUACUGUAUAUGUCAUGGAGAAAUACGUAAUGGCUGUAUGAGAGUAUAAUGUGAGUAUGCUACCUCAUCCUCAAUAUGUAGAUGAGGAAAGGUGUGUGUGUGUGUGUGUGUGUGUGCAUAUCAUUGCUCUUUUAUGCAAUUUCUAGCUUGUAGAACAUAUUUUUAACAGAUGGACAGUGGGCUUGAUUUUAGCGUAGGUGUUAAGCUGUGCUUCUUUCAAAUGGCUUAUACUUUUAAGAAUGAAAUGAUGUAGACAUCAGCUGCUGGCGGAAUAUUAAUCAGAUUUCAACAAAGAAAUGUUGAAAAUGUGAAAUAAAGACUAAGUCUGUAACACUGGAGUGCUUGUGUUUAUGGCAGCAGUCUGAUGCACACCACACGACGGUGAAGUGUGCACUACAGUGUUCUGAACAGUAGGGGCCGGCAGUAUACCACGCUGUAAUAUAAUGUACAAACUAUCAUAACUGUCCUGAUGUAGAUUUGUGUUCUUAAUUCUCUCCCUAAUCCUGCACAGCUUGCUUUGGCGUUGAUUUUUAGCGUUGAUUAGAUGUGCUAGAGUUAGAAUUGAACUUUUCACUAAUCUAGUUGGUUUAAUUCAACAUAUAUAAAGAAAAUAAAAAAUACAGGCUUUUUUGAAUGUGCGUAGGUAAUAAAAGAUAUUUUUUGUUGAUUAGGCAUGUCAUAACUGCACAAACAGUGCAAGUGCACUGAACUUGUAGAAUAUUUAAUUAGACUAACUAGACUUUUUAUAAUAUAUACCUUACAGUAUCUACUGGCAUACACUAGAUGAUAUGAUUAAAUCUAGUGAAACUUCACAUGUAGAGAUCAUUCAGACAUGCACUUCCAGUCAUGGGAAAAAAGAAAGUACACCCUCCUUCAAUUCUAUGGUUUUAUUUUUCAGGGCCUAAAUAAUACAUAUGUGAUCCUCACCUACUUCUAUAAACAAACAGAUAACUUCAGGUGACAACACAAAAGCAUCCUUCCUACUACAACAAUCAUUAAGUAAUUAGUAAUUAGAGUAAUUAGCAGCCAGAUUUUACUAAUGAAAUGCACAAGAUUAGUUAAUCGUCAAUAAGUGUGACUACUUGAGUUUUGAGAGCGAGGAGUCUCUAUGCAGAUAU